AUGGCCGUCGUCAUCACGACCGACGAGACGUCCUCCUACUUCUCCCCAGGCCCUCUCCGACGCUCACAUUCCCAAUCCCACUUUGCCUCUUCGGCUCCGACCCCCUCGACAUCGGCAUCAUCCGUCUUUCCGUCCGCCUCCCACUCUUCCGCGUCGUCCUGCACCAACCUCCAGGCCCUCUACCGUGAAUCCACAGCCGCAACCGCCGCCCAACCAUACUCUCGCUCGUCAUCGACAACCUCUUCGCCACGCCUCGCCGCCACCAGCAGCGUCUCCUCCAACCCUUCCGCCGCAUCUACGCCCGCCAGCAACUUUUCUCUGCUGUCCUACGACGACGACGACGACGACGACGACGACGGCGGCGGCGGCGGCGGCGGCGGCGCCGAUGCCGGUCGGUACAACCCUUACUACAGCGGUGGCGGCGGUGGCGGCGGUCUGAUCCGCAACAGCAGCAGCAGCGGUAUCAGCAAUACCAAACCCCCCCCCCAGACGUCCACCUCCUUCUCCUCACCUCUCCUCCGCCCUCCCGUGUCGAGUCCGACCGACGCAUCCCCGACGUCUGAACCUGACCUCGUCACCGACGACGUCGACGCCGACGCCGACCAGGACCAGGAUCAGGACGGCGCCGACAUCGACAUCGACGACACGCCCAAACCUGAUACCCCCGAGGUGCCCGAGCACGCAGAGGAUGACUCCGCCGUGUCUACCCGCCCUUCGAGGCAGGUCGACUACCUGUCGCACGAAUGGAGGGAGGAGGACAUCUGGGCUUCCUGGAGGUACAUCAUCAACCGCCGUGGCGAGUACGCCAACAGCGCACGUCUGGAGAAUGCCUCGUGGAGGACCUGGAUGAAGUCCAAGAACAAGCUGAGCACCGUCUCGCCCGAGACUCUCAACUGGCUCAAGGACUGCGACGUGACGUGGCUGUAUGGACCGCUGCAGCCCGCCACCAACGGCGCCGAUCCCACCAGGUCCGGCAACGGCAGCAGCUCCGUGUCCAAGUCCGGCUCAUCGAGCAACCUGCAGAAGAAGCCCAUCCUCAAGAAGCGCAGCACAUCCGAAGUGAUGCUGCAGCGGUCGCUGUCGACGGCCUCCCUGCUCAAGCAGGCCGCCGCCGCCGUGCAGGCUCAGGAGACGACCAAGGGCAUCCUGAGGCCGAGCUUCGUCCGCUCCUCGACCGACUACGCCACCUACCCCUUCACCAGCCGCCGCAUGUCCCAGGGGAACCUGCACAGCAGCAUGUACACGUCGACGGCCGGGUCGUCGAGCGUCGCCUCGCCCAGCGUCGAGCGCAGGCACAUUCACUUCAACGAGCAGGUAUUCCAGUGCAUCGCUGUCGAUGUCAAGGGCGACGACGACAACGGCGGCGGCGGCAACGGCAACGGCAACGAGAGCGCCGUGUGCGAUGACAACGACAGCGACUCGGACGACGGCAUCGUCAUGAUGCGCUCCCGCUCGCGCAAGAAGGUGCCCGUCCCCAACAGGAGGCCGAGGCACAAGACCCCCUCCGGCGCCACGUCUCCGAGGGAGGCCGUCACCAGCAAGACGAUCGCCAUGCUCCCCUCCACCACGCUCAAGUACCGCGAGGACACGCCUGAACGUGCCGACUCGGCUAUGAAGCACAGCACCGUAAGGAGUCCCAUGGGCUCUCCGACCUCGUCGCAGGAGACGCUGCGACCUUCCAUGUCCCGCAGCAGGUUCGUGCUCGGCGACGAGGACGAUGACGAGGAUGAUGAAGGCGACGGCAAGGAGGGAGAGGCCGAUAUAAUGGACGGGUUCUGCCACCCCGACGACGACGAUGACGAUGCGUGGCGCCCCCAGCAGCACGACGGCAUCACCUCCCCCCGCAGCAGCAGCGGCAGCAGCAGCAGCAUCAGCCACGCCGGAACCCUCACGGGCGAAGACGGGCACUCGCCGGCCAGCGGCAGCGACGACGGUGGCAUGAAGCGCACAGCCUCGGGGAUGCUCAUGCCCUACAGCGAGGCCGACUCCACCCAGCGGGACGGCGUGUUCAGCCGCGUCAUCGACACGGUCAAUACGGCCCGCGACAUCGCCCACGUCAUCUGGAAUGUCGGGUGGAGGAAGUGA